AUGAAGCUGUCCGCUGUCACCCUUCUCACUCUUGCCACCGGCAUCAUUGCCGCUCCUGUCGCUGAGGCCAGCAAGGAGGUCCGUUCUUACGGCAGCUACGAGCCCCCCAAGUCCACUUACGAGCAGCCCAAGACUCCCAAGGAGGACAAGCCCAAGAAGCCUGAGUACAACCAGCCCAAGGCUCCCAAGCCUCACCACGAGAAGCCCAAGAAGCCUCACCACGACAAGCCUAAGCACUACGCUCCUCCUCACCACGAGAAGCCCAAGGUUCCUAAGCCUCACCACGAGAAGCCUAAGAAGCCUGCUUAUGAGCAGCCCAAGGCCCCCAAGCCUCACCAUGAGAAGCCCAAGAAGCCUGAGACUCCCAAGAAGCCCGAGUACAACCAGCCCAAGGCUCCUAAGCCCCACCACGAGAAGCCUAAGAAGCCGGAGACUCCCAAGAAGCCCGAGACUCCUAAGAAGCCUUCUUACGAGAAGCCUAAGGCUCCCAAGCCUCAUCAUGAGAAGCCCAAGAAGCCUGAGACCCCCAAGAAGCCUUCCUACGAGGCUCCCAAGGCCCCCAAGCCUCAUCACGAGAAGCCCAAGAAGCCUGAGACUCCCAAGAAGCCCGAGUAUAACCAGCCCAAGGCCCCCAAGCCUCACCAUGAGGAGCCCAAGAAGCCUGAGACUCCCAAGACUCCUUCUUACGAGAAGCCUAAGGCCCCUAAGCCCCACCACGAGAAGCCCAAGAAGCCUGAGACUCCCAAGAAGCCCGAGUACAACCAGCCCAAGGCUCCCAAGCCCCACCACGAGACUCCCAAGCCUAAGCACGAGCAGCCCAAGAAGCCUUCCUACGAGGCUCCCAAGCAGCCUGCUUACGAGGCUCCCAGCUACUAG